GUUAUUUAAUAAUAAUAUUUAGCAACUCAAUAACAGUAUAAUAAUUAUAAACUAGUUUCUAAUAUAAAAAAUUAUUUUUCAUAAUUCUUCACAUUCUUCACAACUAUCUAGUGAUUUGAGAAAUAUUUUUUGUUUACGUGAUUAUUUAUAUAAAUAUUUUUAUCUGCCAAUUAAUUGUAUAAUAAUUUGGAGACAUUAAAAAUAUUGUAAUCAAUAAUUAUCUAAAAUUAUUUAUAAAUAGACGUUACUUACUAUAAGUAGCCAUAAAACUCGUCAUGUUUCCGAGUAAUCGUGGCCAGUCGUCUGUUGCCGAGAGCACCGGUAGUACAGAUGACAAAUAUCAUAAGCUGUACGACGUGGACAAGUCAUCACUGAAUCUGACGGUCAAUCUGGACAAAAUGGAAAGGGUGUUGAAGGGAAAGGCAGCCGCGGCUCACAAAAAGUUCACCGAUUUCAAGGAGAAGGUACGCGUGGAGGCCAUGGAAAUGGAGAUCAAUCGGUGCGAUGACAAUAAGCGGUUGAAGCAAGUGUUGGGCGGUUGGGCACUGAGUCCCACCCACAUGCGCUACCUGUCCACCCGACCCUAUGUGUACAACGCCAGCGCCGGCUCUUAUCUCGAGCUAUUAUUUUUACAGAAACUGUGGAUAUGGUUAUCGCAAUUCAUCCCCAUAUGGCUGAGCCCGUGCACCAUCACUGUCACCGGUCUUAUCAUAAACUUAAUCACAUCACUCACUGUCCUCUACUACUCACCCGACGCUCGAAAUGAGGUGAGUUCGUGGGCAUUCAUACUGUGCGCUGUGGGUGUACUCCUGUACCAGACUUUGGACGCAUUGGAUGGCAAACAGUGUUAUAAAGUGCAGAACACGCAGAUGGAGGAGGUGUAUGACCACGGGUGCGACGCCGUGUCCACCAUUUUUGUGACACUGGCCACUGCUUGUGCCGUACAGUUGGGUCGCUCACCUAUAAUGCUGUUCCUACUGUUCCUCUCGACAAUGAUUGCAUUCUUCUCGACCCAUUGGUUAUGUCACGUCACGCAUCAGAUGGCGUUUGGGAAAAUCGAUGUGAGCGAAGGCCAGUGGCUUAUGAUAGCCGUCCACUUGGCCACCGCCUACUGGGGUCAACGGUUAUGGCGUACGACACUGUGGUCGAGCACCGGCAUCGAGCUGUCACAUGUGUUAGCUCUGGCGACCAUACUAUCCAUGUGUGCAGCUAUUACCAGAAAUGUGACUAUGGUUUUGGGCGCUAAGACACCAUUGGAUGUGUUGGGUGUAGUCAUACAGCGCCGGACAGCUAACAUAUGGAAACCUGUAGUUCCCGUGGCUAUACUGACUGCAUUUGCGGUCGUAUCCUAUUCUAUCGGCUACUUUCAUGUCAGUCCCAUACUUUUUAUAUUCACAUUUGGGUUCGCAUUCGCUAAGGUUACCAUGAAAUUAGUGAUGAUGAACUGUUGCAACGGAACAAUGGACUAUUGGGACAGUUCGCUGACCACACCAUUACUAUUGGCCACAAACACCCGAUUCGUGGCACUCCUGCACCCGAAGACUGCCCUAUUGUGCGCUUUCGUGUACUCCCUGAUGGACGUGAGCCGCUAUUUCACGUACGCCUCGUGGGAUCUGAAACUGGCCCUCGACGUCAAUGUAUUCUCCGUGAAAUACCCGGUCGGACAUCCCAACAAUCGCAGGGAUAGCGGCGGCUAUUAUGUGAACGGUGUUAACAACGACGAGAUUCUGGCCAAAUAUAUUAAGGACACUACCGGUGCCACUGGCAAAAGAACCUCUGUUUAACCGAUGAAGAGUUUAGAUAUUUGACGUUAAUCUUAGCUAGUUAAUUGCUUUUAUUUAUUUACCAGUUGAGAGUUUGUUUUAUUUCUACUAAUCCAGUCAUCUCAUCAAAAAUGUGUUUUAAAAUGACUAUAAUUGUAAUUACUAUCCAAUUGUAUAAUUUUGUAUAAAUAUA